AUGGAUCGCUUGCUGGAGCUGCCCGUGGAACUCCUCCAGCUCGUGGUGAAGAGCUGCUCGACACCCAGCUAUCUCCAGGUUAUCCGGACAUGUCGAACCCUCUAUUCAAUCGGUACAACAUGUCGCGAAGUCGUUCGUCAUCAGCUUUCCCAGAUGCCAGGCCUCCAGGUGACAGAGUCAGGAACCCCGCUUGAUUCACAGUCCACGGCAGCUCUGUAUAAGGAGCUCAGGAAGAGGGCAGCCGCCCAUUUAUACGGCGCCCAUUUCCACUCUGAUGUCACGCUCCAUACCUUGGACGGGCGUGUCAUCGAUACCAAGGCCUCAUGUCUCUUCUCGGACCCUUACCACACGCCCUGGAACCGUCCACAGCAGACGCUGGCUCUGGUCCCCCGGGGGGGAGAUUCUGUUUACCUGUACCAUAUGGGGGAAUCGAGCUCAGGAAACGGUGUCGACGCCGGGCCAAUGGUGUUUCUUGACAAGAUUGAGCCUCUGAGUGAUUUCCCCGGUAAAAUAGAAAUCCUACGGGUCAUCAGCAGCCGUUCCCAUCCUGAGAUGAUCUCGGUUCUGCAGCGUUAUGAACCGCCGGAGCAGACAACGGAUUUGCCCUCUUUACAUCCCUUUGUCGGGGAGGCGAUGAUGCCGUAUUAUUCUGCUCGCAUCAGGCUCAUUCAUUAUUCAUAUGCCUCCUCGGCGAGACGCUGGAGGCCAGAAGCAUUUACCGUGUUCCCACGCGAGUUCGAGGACGAUUUUCUCCCCCGCGCCAUCGACGUUGUAGACCAGGAGUUUGUCGUUGUGUCGUGGCAGCAUAAGGAAUCACCAGAGGGCUCUAAAGUGUGUUUACAUAAAUAUAACCAUCAAGACGUCGUCGUCAGGAAAAACCACUGCUCUUAUGUGGAGUAUUCCUCUACUGAACUGGUUGCCGAGAAUAAGAUUCCACGACGGCGCCAUUUCUCGCUGACAGAGCGGCCGUUAUCAGACCCGGUUGUCGGGCGCAUAUCUAAUUCUACCAAUGCCACACACACCCGUCUCCUGGACAAUAUAUGUCACGCUCAAUUACCAGAACAUGAUCGAACGGCCCCUCCUAUAUUUUCACGGUUUCAAGUUGGGAUACCAUUUUACGGCCAUCAUGAAUCGAAGCCUGGAACCGGGCUUUGCGAGUGGUAUUAUGCCUCUGUUGGCUUAACACGGCUCCCCCCAAAUGGCCGCGUGGGUGCAUAUAUUCUUCAAUCCAUGGCCCAGUGCAGGUCUGAUCGCUGCGGCCACAUACUCAACCUGGACCGCGGGAGGCGUAUCGAGCGCUGGGUGGUUGUGGCUAAGCUUUGGGGGUUCAAGGCCAACGAGUCAAAUUUGACAGAACUGAUUACUACUUCGCCUGGCGGUACUAGACUUGCGAUCGCCCGCUGGAAAUCGUUGUAUAUCUGGCCAUUAAACCCGCAGGAGAUACUUAUGAAAAACAAGAAUGGAUACUAUCCGCCUGACAUGUACUAUUCGGCCGAUGCUGGGAUUAAUGCGAACGUGCAAAAGUCGCUGUCGGUUGAUGGGGAAACAGGUGAAUACGAAAUGACAGAAGACGGGUGGAAGGAUGUGGUGGAAUUGAAGCCUAUUAUAUUGGAGCUGGAUGCUGUCUGCUUCGGGCUGAAGUUUACGGGCGGCGAGAACGAGCUCACCUUACUGACCGAUAGGGGCUUGAUGGUCUGGACACUCAACUCGGACGGGACCGCACGAAGGACGAAUGGUGUCAUCAAGCCAGAGGAGGAUGCUGCUGCUGCUGCCGAGUUCAGGAGGUCGCUUCCUGAGCCGGAUUCGGACGAGUCGAAUUCGGAUGAAGACGCUGCGGAAGAUGAGAGCGGAGGUGACGACGAUGACGAUGACGAUGACGAUGAUGAAGAUGGGGAAGGGAUGGAUUUGGAUUGA